GUCCGCACCCAAGAUCAGAACUGGCGAACCCCGGGCCGCCGAAGCGGAAUGUGCGCACUUAACCACUGUACCACCGGGCUGGCCCCUCUAGCUUCUAAUUUUUAACUCCAAAGUUUUUCUCAUUUCAUUUUUAGGUUUAAAAGCGUCAACCAGAAUCAAUUUGCAGUCGAAAAUUGGACCAACACAAAGACUUCAUAUUGUGGAAUGACUAGCAAACAAGCAAUGUCAUCUAAUGAACAAGAAAGGCUCUUGUGUUAUAAUGGGGAAGUCCUUGUUUUUCGAUUGUCUAAAGGAAAUUUUGCUGAUGAAGGACCUGCAGAAAUACCCGUAUUACAUGUCAGAAGAAUGGUAUUUGACAGAGGGACAAGAGCAUUUGUUCAGAAGUCCACUGGAUUCUUUAGCAUAAAGGAAGAAAACUCGCAUUUAAAAAUUAUGUGUUGCAGCUGUGUGUCAGAUUUCAGAAAUGGAAUUAACCUCCCUUAUAUUGUGAUGCAGUGCAAUAAAAAGAAUAAUGUUUUCAAAUAUCUUCUACUGUUUCUUCACAGUACCAAUAAAUUUGAAAAGCGUUUGAGUUUUAAACUAGGCCAUGAAUUGCUGGAUGGCGUAAGGGUCCUUAAUGGCCCUUUAGUUUUAUGGAGAUAUGACAAAACAUUCUUCUGUAUCUCUUCCGAAACUCACAAAGUUAUUACUCUGUCUGUUAACUUUUCCUCUAUUGAGUGGGCAGGGGAGAUUGCAAAUCUAGGUAUGGUUUUAUUAGGACCAAGGAGAUGUUCAAACCGAAAGCCUUCAAAAUCGGAUUAUGCAUUUCAGAAUACCAAAUUUUGUGUAUACUCUCUUGAAAAUGAAGAAGUAAUAAGUGAUACAUAUAUCAUCCCUCCUGCUUAUAGCAGUGUGGUAACGUGUGUGCAUGUGUAUGCAGCUGAGAUGGUCAACAACCAGUUAAGAAUGUCUCUGAUUGUCCUUACUCAGAAGAAUCAGCUGAUUUCAUUCCAAAAUGGAACUCCUAAAAGUGUGUGCCAACUUCCAUUUGGAGAUCCUUGUGCAGUUCAACUGAUGGAUUCCACUGGAGGAGACCUCCUUUUUGUUGUAUCCUUUAGGUCCAAUGAUGCUUGUGCUGUUUGGGAAAAGAACUUUCAGGUUGCUGCUAAAUGGCAAAAAGUUAGCUUGGUACUCAUAGAUGACUUUAUUGGAAUUGGAACUGAACAAGUACUGCUACUUUUUAAGGACUCCUUGAAUUCAGAUAGUCUGAGUUCAUUUAAAAUAACAAAUCUGCGCAGCAUAAACUAUUCAACUGAAACAUCAGAUUGCUAUGAAGAGGACUUAUUUGAAGACGUACAAGAUAAUCGUUAUUUGGUGGUUCCACCUCUGAAAAGGGGAUUGAAAGUUGGUUUCAUUUCUAUUCAGGAAUUACAGCGGCAUCUCUUGCUUAAGGAAAAAAUGAUUUCAAAAUCUUACAAAGCUUUAAUAAACCUGGUUCAAGGGAAAGAUGAUAGUACAUCAAGUGCAGAGGAGGAAUGUCUUUUUACUCUUUGUGGUGAAGAAGAAAAUCCUGUCCAUACCUUUGAUGAAAAGUUAUCAGACAAUUUUCAAGAUUCAGAACAGCUAGUAGAGAAGAUAUGGUAUCGUGUAGUAGAUGAUAGCUUGGUUGUUGGAGUGAAAAUCACAUCUUCUUUGAAGUUGUCCCUGGAUCAGGUGACUUUAUCGCUGUUGAUGGAUCAAGCCCAUAGCUCCAGCAUUCAGCUUAUUAAGUGUCAAAAUAGGGUGAUCAAGUUGAGUAGGGAUUCUUUCCCAGCACCAUGCUCAGAGCCAUAUGAAAGAGGAUCAGAGGCAAAAAGGAUCAAGUUGACUGUUGAUAGUGAGGAAGAGAAAAGCUUUGUUUGCGAACAACCAUCUGAGAAAGAGUGUGUACAGAUAAUUACUGCUGUAACAUCUCUUUCACCACUGUUAGCAUUCAAUAAUUUUUGUUGUAUUCUGCUGCUACAAAUUAGGAAGAGAGAAAAUGGUAACUAUUUUGAAGAUCAUUAUAUUCAGUGUGGUAGACUUUUUAUAAGUCUAGAAGAUCUUUCAAGUGGGAAAUACCUAGUGAAAUUUCCAAAGAAGAAAACCAUCGAACACGUGGAAGAUCUCUGUGCACUUCUUGCAGCAUUGUACAAAACUUGUUUUCAAAUCACAUCACCCAGCUGUGCUCUGACUUCAAUGAAGACGUGGCUCUUAGAACUUAUGAAAUGUGAAGUAAUCAAAGAAUUUCCAGAAAUUUGCUUUUGUAAAAUCCCAGGAAGUUUCUAUGGGACACUCUUCAGUUGGAAACAAAGAACACCAUUUGAAGGGAUUUUAGUAGUCUAUUCCAGGAAUCAAACAGUUUUGUUCCAGUGCCUUCAUAAUCUCAUCAGAGUUCUCCCUAUAAACUGUUUCUUCAAAAAUCUAAAAUUAGGAAGUGAGGAUUUCCUAAUUGAUCAAUUGGCAUUAACUUUGGAGAAGGAAUUGGUUACCCUUGGUUCUCUUUCUUCUGCCUUAGUUAAAGUUGAAAACAACUUGGUGCAGAGGUGUGAAGAAAACAAAGAAAAGAGUAGUGGUGUUGUGGCUACUUUAUCAGACAGAGAGGACAUCAUCCAUCUGUACAGAAAAGAACUUCAGAGAGAAAAGAAACAAACACUGGAGAUGAACCUAAAAGUGAGUGGUGCCCCUUAUAGAGAAAUAACUUUGAAAUUAGCUGAGAUUCAGCAGAAAUCAGACCUUGCUGCACAGAAACUGAGUGGUUUAUAGUUACAAUCUCAAUUUGAUUAUAUUUUAAAAUAUG